AUGGCGGAAGCGGUUCUGAGCUACGUGGUGAAACGGGUCGGCGACUUCCUCAUCGAUGAAGCGGUCUUCCUUUAUGAAGUGAAAGAUCAGGUGGAGUGGGUCAAGGACGAGCUCCGGGCGAUGGAGUGCUUCCUGAAGGACGCCGACGCGAGGAGCAAGGGAGACGAAAGGGUGAAGAACUGGGUGAGGGAUGUGCGGGAAAUCGCUAAUCGGGCGGAGGACCUCGUCGAUUGCUUCGUCCUCCAUGCCCAGCGGAGGAGACGACGGAGAAAGGGCUUCACCCGGAUCACUGUGUGUUGUCUUCCCUUCCCCUGCAACCUCGUCGUCGUCCACCAAUUCGGUAAGGAGGUCGAGACCAUAAAGGCCAAAAUCCACGAAAUCAAUGAACGAAGAAACACAUACGGAAUCCAGAACCUGGACACAGAGGUGAGGAGACAGGCUGACGAGACAGUACGGGAAUGGAGGCGGGUCGUUCUCCAAGCCGCAGAUGCUGAUCUGGUUGGCAUGGGCGAGGAGAAGAACAGAAUCCUGAGCCAUCUAUUGGAUGAGAGCAGGAAGAAGCGGUCGGUGAUCUCCAUUGUGGGGAUGGGCGGCCUCGGGAAGACCACUCUUGCUAAGAGAGUCUUCAAUCAAACAAGAAAUAAUUUCAGCCACUCGGUGUGGAUCGUUGUCUCCCAAAAGUACUCCGCGGAGGAUCUCCUCCGAGAAUUUCUUCGCCAGGUCACGGGACUCGCAGUAAAGGAACUCGAGCAAAUGACGAGGGCCGAGUGUGAGGAGAAGCUUAACCAGAACAUCCAGGGGAAGAAAUACUUGAUCGUCAUGGACGACGUGUGGGACAAGGAUGUUUGGAGAAUCCUCAGUCCGCAUCUACCAGACGCCGAGAACGGAAGCCGGGUGCUGAUCACCACCCGCGACGUCGACGUUGCCAGAGCUGCGGACUCAACGACUCCUCCCUGCGACCUGCGGUUUCUAACGGAGGAGGAGAGCUGGGAGCUCCUCUCCAAGAAGGCGUUCCCGAAUCAGGAGGAUAUCGAAGCAGUCUGUUCGGAACAGUUGAGGGAAGUCGGGAAACAGAUCGCGAGGAAAUGCGGGGGCCUGCCUUUGGCACUGGUGGUGAUCGGCGGUCUGCUGUCGAUGAAAGGUCCGUCACUCGGGGAGUGGAGGAGACUCGCGAAGGCCAUCAUCUGGGAAAACAGCGAGGAAGGCCGACGGUGCUUGGAUAUUCUGGCGCUGAGCUACGCCGACUUGCCCCAUCACCUAAAGUGGUGUUUCCUUUAUUUCAGUUCUUUUCCAGAGGACUUCGAGAUUUUAGUCGAGAAGCUGAUCAGAUUGUGGAUCGCGGAGGGCUUUGUGAAACAUAGAGCAGGAGAAACACUCGAAGAAUCUGCGGAGGGUUACCUGGAGGAGCUCGUCCGGAGAUGCAUGGUGAUAGUUGUGCAAGAUGAAUACGCCAACCCCAUGAACAGAUAUAUCCCAAAAAGCUCGCAAAGAUGCCGCAUCCAUGAUCUGCUGCACGAUUUUACCGUUGCAGAGGCUAAGGAGGUGGGCUUUCUUGUCUGCCACCGGAUCCCGGACGACCAAGACGCCUCCAGACUUGAUUCCUCUGUGCGGCGCCUGUCUCUUUACGGUGGAGCACAAGACUACGUGUCCCAUGUGAAGUUCUCGACAAGACUGCGCACCUUCUUGUUGUUCAAUUCCCAUCGGAGAGGGGUUAUAAGCUUCCCCAUCAUUCCAACGUUGAAACUCCUCAGGGUUAUCGACCUAGAGAGGGCACCACUUGCGGUACUACCAGAACAAAUUGGAGACCUGGUUCAUCUUCGAUUCCUGGGCUUGAAAAGGACAAAGAUAAUGAGUCUUCCAUCUUCAGUGGGGAAACUGCGUCAUCUACAGUUCUUGGAUGUGUUGUGGACGGACAUCAAAACGAUGCCAAGUCCUGUGUGGAAGAUCGAGGCCUUACGGCACGUCCUCGUUCCCCCAGGAGUGGAGCCGGAAAUGGUUGACGUAUGCUUAAGAAACUUGCAGGUGCUAAAGGUCGUCCGGGCCGGGAGCUGGAUAGAUAGCUGCCUAGGGUCCCUUACCAGUCUCCGGGAGCUGGAACUAACAGACAUUAAAGACUGUCACGUUGACGCGCUGUCGUCUUCGCUACCGAAGUUGUCUGGCCUGAAGUUGUUCUUGGAAGGCAUGUCGAUCCCAGAUUGUCUAUGGACGUCGACCAGCUUUUCUUCCCUUGAAGUCUUAUGGUUGUCCGGGCCAGUGAGAAGGCCACAACAACCAAGUUCUGGUGGCGACCAUUGGCCACCCAAUCUCACCGAACUCAUACUACUUAACACAAGGCUGGAUGGGGACUUGAUAGCGGCGCUCGUGAACCUCCCUGAACUUUCAUAUCUGUGUAUAGGUGAUGGGGCUUAUACAGGAAAAGAGAUGAUCUGCUCACGCGGCGGGUUCCCCCAACUGCAGUUCCUCUUACUUUCUAUGAACGAGUUAGAGAGGUCAGUAGCUGAGGCGAGGGCCAUGUCCCGCCUGAGGAGCGUGAGGAUCAGCAACUGCAGAAAGUUGGCGAUGGUUCCGGAAGGGUUCCAACACUUGACUGCUUUGAAGGACCUAACUCUGUUUCGUAUGCAACCUAAAUUAUGCUCUAAAAUUCGGAAGGAGGAAGAGGACUGA